AUGGAUGUGUGUGGGGAGAUCAAACUUGGAGAGAAACCACAUUCGUCGACUAUGAGUUCUCCAUGGCCAGCACUCCUUCUGGGCGUCGCCUGCGUGGCCGGGGGCACCGCUGGUUACGUGCGUACCAACUCGAAGCCUAGUUUGAUUGCGGGGCUUUCUGUUGGUAUUCUCUAUCUCUGGGCGGGAGCAGCGCUCCGCAACGGCAACACGAAGGGCAUUACCGGUGCAAUGGGUGCCUCUGCAAUUCUCUUCCUUUCCUCGAUCCCCCGCGUCGCUAAAGGUCCUGUUCCUGCCAUGUUGACGAUUCUCUCCGCAGCCUCAGGCUACUACUAUUACCCGGCAUUCAAAGCAUUGCAAAGCUAG